GUGUCAAGGAUCGCAGAUAGAUAUUAACAGUUGUUCUGUUCUGCCUAGUGUGUCUGACCAAAGUAAGAAAAGAGAAAUUCUGAUUUCAACAUGCCAAAGAAGAAAACAGGACAACGUAAAAAAGCAGAUAAACAAAAGGAGAGACAGAAAGAAAUACGAUCGGGCAAUAUUGAAAGACCCCUUGCAGAAAGACCUUGUAAUUUUGUAAUGGAAUGUGAUCAAUGUAGAAGAACACAAAAGAACCGUGCCUUCUGUUACUUUUGUAUGGCUCUUCAAAGAUUGCCAGUGUGUGCACAAUGUGGGAAGCAGAAAUGUAUGGCCAAAUUGGGAGACUGUAUUAUAAAACACUCUGGACAGUUUACAACAGGACUUAGCAUGGUAGGUGCUGUGUGUGACUUCUGUGAAGCUUGGGUGUGCCAUGGUCGUAAGUGUCUGACAACACAUGCCUGUAGUUGUCCACUCCAGGAUGCUGUGUGUACAGAGUGUAAGAGGGAUGUGUGGUCGCAUGGUGGUCGCGUGUUUAAAUGUUCCUACUGUUUGAAGUUUCUUUGUGAAGAUGACCAAUUCGAGCAUCAGGCUAGCUGUCAACAGCUGGACACUGAAUCAUUCAAGUGUGGAUCCUGCAAUAGAUUGGGACAGUUCUCCUGUUUACGAUGCAAGGUGUGCUUUUGUGAUGACCAUGUGAAGAGGAAAGGCUUUAAAUAUGUGCGGGGACAACCCAUUCCAUGUCCUAAGUGUGGCUUUGAAACUCAGGAGACCAAGGACAUGAGUAUCAACACUCGUCGUCACCAGUUUGGAAGGCAGCGUGGAGACGAUGAUGAUGACGAUGAUUAUAAUGAUGAUGGUGGUUUCACCUUCGGAGGUGCCUCAGGGUUUUCCUAUGGAGGAGGAGGGGACGGCUACUCCUAUGGAUAUGAUGAUGAUGAUGAAGGGGAUGAUGACUAUGAGGAUGAAGAUGAUGAGGAGAGUAAUAGUGAUGAAGAAGAUUUAAAGGACGAGUUAAAGGGCUUGAAAGAUGACUUAAAGACCGACUUGAGCAAAAUGAAAUUAUGAUUUUAAUGCUUUUUAGAAAAUACUAUAUAUUCGUAAGCAAUAAAACUUUUUCAAUUAAGGAUAUCGGAUAUAUAUUUAUGUAUAAUGUUAAUCACAAUUUUUGAAAAAGAGAAGUGAUAAUAUAUUUGAAACAUUUGCUUUGGUUGUCCAGUAAUGUAUUUGGUCUUGUUAAGUCAGUGUACAGCUGAUGCUUGUUACCGAAUACCUAAUAGCAUUGUGAUAUGACUGAAAAAAGUAAUAUUUGUACAUCUUCAGUGUAAAAUAAAAAGGUUACUUAUUCUAUAUAA